AUGGAUGAUAUUCACCCAAACCUUUUGUUUGAACUCGCAAGCGAGCUGUGUGGCCAGGUGACACGUUUGUUUGAGUUAUCCCUUCGUAGCUACUCGUUUCCCACGGACUGGAAAGAUACCAUCGGGCAACAAGCAUCUCCCUGCCGACUACUUGAACUGGGAAUGUUCUCAAGGCGUUUUCGUUGCCAUCGAGGCGACCUGUUUUCGACCUAUCGCAUACUUACAGGUAAAGUCGGACCCGACUUAUCUGGGCUUUUACAACCGGCUCGGCUUCCGUCUCUCCGAGGACACACGAUGAAUCUACACAAACUUCGAUCGGAUGGAGUCCGAGCGGACUUUCGCUUAUCACGUCGCGUGGUGGAUUCCCGGAAUACGGCACCUGAGAACCUGGUUUCGGCACCAACAGUGAAAGAGUUUGAACACCGACUUGACGCCUUUAGGCCUUCAGAUUUUAAUUUCCCCUUCUCAUCUUAG